AAAUAUAACCUUGCCUUUAUCAACCACGAUUUUCUUCGGAGCGAGCGUGGAUAUCAGAGGAUAAAUCAAUUGAAACUGAAGUAAAAUUGAAUAAAAGACUACAGAAUGAAACCCUUGAUGUUACACGGACACGAGCGUGCCAUCACCAAAAUAAAAUAUAAUAGAGAAGGAGACUUAGUGUUCUCUGCUAGUAAAGAUAAGCAGCCUAAUGUUUGGUAUUCCUUGAACGGAGAGCGUCUUGGAACUUUCAACGGCCACAACGGUUCCGUAUGGUGUAUCGAUGUCAACUGGGAUACCACACGGCUAUUAUCCGGCAGUGGUGAUAAUACACUGAGAGUCUGGGAUUGUCAAACUGGCAAGGAGAUAGGUCAAUUGAGCACAAAUAGUUCUGUAAGAGCAUGUGGUUUUAGUUAUUCAGCAAAUCUUGCUGUCUUCUCCACUGAUAAAGCCUUAGGUCAUCAGUGUGAGAUGUUUAUCAUGGAUGUACGAAAUGUUGAUUCUACAUUAUCGCAGGAAGAUGCGAUCUCUAGAAUUUCUGUCAAUGGUCCUAGAAUUUCCGCUUUAUUAUGGGGUGCUCUGGAUGAGACUAUUAUUACAGGUCACGAGGAUGGUGAGAUUAAACUUUGGGAUGUGAGAACAGGAAAGAAGUUGUCCAGUGUCAAAGGUCAUAAAUCACAAAUAAAUGAUAUGCAAUGUAACAAAGACGGAACCAUGUUUGUAACUGCAUCCAAAGAUCAUACGGCAAAACUUUUUGAUAGUGAAUCCUUAAUGUUAUUGAAGACAUACAAGACAGAAAGACCUGUAAAUUCUGCCACAAUAUCACCAAUUUUUGAUCAUGUAGUACUUGGUGGUGGUCAAGAUGCCAUGGAUGUCACUACAACGUCUGCGCGACAAGGCAAAUUUGAUUCACGAUUCUUCCAUCUAGUGUUUGAAGAGGAAUUUGCACGUUUGAAAGGGCACUUUGGCCCCAUUAAUUCUCUUGCUUUUCAUCCCAAUGGUCGUAGUUACUCUACAGGUGGAGAAGAUGGAUAUAUCCGUAUUAAUAAUUUUGAUCAAUCUUACUUCGACUUCCAUUUCGAAUAUUAAAUAUAUCAAUUGAAAGAUACAUUUAUAUAAUAAAAUGUAUAUAUUAUUCUAUCAAAAUAAAA